CGGCCCGCCAGCUGCGAUAUCCAGGAAGCCUCUGCCUGACACUACUCCCCACACGGUGGUGCGGCUCAUGAUCCCCACUGUCCAUGCCCAAACAGACUGCCAUGGCCCAACUCCUAAAGCCUCUGAGCACGUGACUGAGCUGUGUAGAACUCCGUGACUCUAUAGUCACGAAUCUGUACCUGAGCGUCUCCGAAUAGGUCCUCAGGACAAGUGAGGAAAGUAAAGGCACAGCUGCCUUGUCCUGGAGGCAGGUGUCACAGCAAGAAGGUGGCCAGUGUCUAGAGCGGCCUGUGGCUGGUGGAAGCAUUUCAAUGAGCAGUGUCACCAAAGAGCGCCUCAGCCUGAGCCUCGGACUGUCUCUGUCUGCCCUGUUCUUUGUCACUGUCUACGGGGCAGGCAGCUCUCAUCUCCGGGCACGGGCAGGAGGAACCUGCAGCCGGAAAACAAGGAUCUUUCAACACAUGCGUGUCUAUAAACGAAGCACCGCAUCGUUAGAAUGAAAGAUAAAAACCAUAUGAUCAUCUCCCUAGGUGCAGAAAACGCAUUUGACAAAAUAGAACAUAUUUCCAUGAUAAAAACCCUCCACGAAUGGGGGCAGAGAAAAGUUGUAUAGCUCAAUACCACAAAGCCCACAUACGACAAAACCCACAGCUGACAUCAUACGCAACAGUGAGAGGUUGAAAGCUUUCCCUCUAGAAUCAAGAACAAGGCAAGGCUGGUCAGAGACGUACCGGGUUAAAUUUCAAUCCUUGACGUUGAAAUGUGUUGAGAAUUGGUCCGUGGCUCAGAAAAUGCUUUAUCUUGGCGAACAUACUUGUACUUGAAAACAAUGUGUAGUGGACACACAUGUGAAAUUCAGAUCUCCUGUUUAGUGUUCUAAAGACAUCGGUCAAGAUGGAUUCAUUGCUGCUGUUACUAGUAUGAAACGCAUCCCUUCAUCUUUGGUAACACAGUUUUCCUCGAAGUCUGAUUUCUCUAAUAUCGAUAUAACCACAUCAGGCUUCUUUGCUCACUAUUUAUUCGUGCAGGUUUCUGCGCAUGGUUCCGGGCAGCUGGGGAAUGAGACCCGAGUGUCGCUGUUCCUUCUGGAAGGGCUGGCCGACGCAGAGGAGUUGAGGCCCUUGCUCUUUGUGAUCUUUCUGCUGGUCCACAGCGUGGCUGGGCAUUGCCAGCCUUACUGUGAUGGACUCCCGACUCCACACUCCCAUGUACGACUUCUUAGUCAACCUCUCACUGCUGGACACUGCCUACAUCUCCAGCACGGGGCCUCAGGUGCUGGAACACCUGCUGGCAGCAGUGCGGACCGUGCCCUAUCGUGCUUGUCUUCCCCAGAUCUUCUUUCUCCACUUCCUGGCUCCCUGGGAGUGCUUCCUGCUCACAGCCAUGGCCUGUGACCGCUAUGCAGCCAUCGGCCGGCCACCGCACCACCUAGUCCUCUUGGGCCGUCGGCGGACCCGGGCAGGAAUGGCUUCCACCUCCCGCCUGCUUGCCUUGGCCGAUGCGUUCGCCCACACCGUCCUUGCAGCUCCACUGAGGUUCUGCGGGCCUCGCCUCAUCACCCACUUCUCCUGUGGCCUCCCUCCACUGACCAGACUCUCUUGCUCAAGCACGUGGGCCAGCGAGCUUGCCAUGUUCGUCUUCAGUUUCGUGGUGGCUCUUGCACCCCGUGCCCCGGUUGCGAUCUCCUGUGUACGUGUUGUGGCUGCGAUUCUCAGGAUUCACUCCGCUGACGGCCGAAGAAAAGCCUUUUCCACCUGUGGUGCUCACACCACCGUGGUCUGCAUUUUCUACAUCGCUCCAGUCCUCUGCUACAUCCUCCCCAGCUCUGCGUGCUCUGGCUUGCGGGACCGGGCGCUCCCUGUGCUGUACGUGGUCCUCACCCCCAUGCUCAACCCCGUCAUCUACAGCAUGCGAAACAAGGAGGUGAAGAGGGCUUUGUUCAAGGCCCUCGGGAAAGAAAGUGCCUCCUAGGCACUGGUCACAUCAAAUCAACGAGGAGUGUCCCCGGCUCAGGAGUUUCUCACAUCCGAAUGUGCUCCCAGUGCUAGGUGCCUGUCAGUCUCCACCUGCUCCACACCCCACCCUCGUCGCACACUGGAUGCCAUAUGGAUCCCUCCCUGUACAAUGUAUUACACGAAGGCACCAAUUUUGCUGUGGACCAGAGCCAGGCUGUGACGUUUGCAUUGGACAUGGCAAGGGGCAUGGCCCUCGUACACACUCUAGAGCCCCUCAUCCCACGACACGCGCUCAGCAGCCGUAGUGUAAUGAUUGAUGAGGACAUGACUGCCCGAACCAGCACGGCCGACGUCAGGUUCUCCUUCCAAUGCCCUGGGCGCAGGUAUGCACCUGCCUGGGUGGCCCCUGAAGCUCUGCAGAAGAAGCCUGAAGACACAAACAGACGCUGAGCAGACACGGGGAGUUUUGCAGUGCUUCUGUGGGAACUGGUGACACGGGAGGUACCCUUUGCUGACCUCUCCAACACGGAGAUUGGAAUGAAGGUGGCACUGGAAGGCCUUCGGCCUACCAUCCCACCAGGCAUUUCCCCCCAUGUGUGUAAGCUCAUGAAGAUCUUCUCCAGGGUGGGGCUGGCACAUGCCAGUGCUUUGGGGGUGAAUCCAAUCACACAGGAGUUUGAAAUGUCAUGCACGUGAUCCAUUUGGUGAAUCCUAUUUUGGGUGCCAGGUUUCCCCCCAUUUUCAGCAACGAUCAAAUAUUUCUGUUGCUCUUUUUUCCCCCCCCUCUUUCUAAAACACUGCUUUCUAUUUAUGGAAGUAAAACAUGGUCAUUGCA